AUGACCCAAAAUUUAAUCUCUCCUUCCUUCUUGAGAGAGAAGAAGAAAAUAUUGUGUUUGUGGAAGAAAAGCUUGGAUCAAUUCAUCAUAGAUAUAUACAUUCGGUCGCAAGCCUGCUGCGGGAGUUCUCCAUUGAUUGGAGCUUUCGCAGCAGUGGACAUAUUUGUCCGAUGCGAGGUCCGAUUCAAUACGUUACGGAAACAGCUUGAGUUGGAUCGCAGAUUGGUCUUCAAGGUAUAA